AUGGGGGACUUGGACGUUCAAAGGCCCAGAGGAGGGAGCGGGCUCGAGGCAGCGGCGGAUCCCUCUCCACGGCAACCACAUCACUCAGCGCCUGCCCGGGACAACAGUUCCCUCCACGUGGCCACCACCAACACAGCCUCAGUGACAGCAACAGCCUCAGUGACAGCGACAGCCUCGGCCUCUCCUCCCCAGGGCAGCCGCCAGCCCCAGCCAGGACAGAGCAGCUCCUGCAGGCCUCCCUGCCGCCUCCAAAAUUUGAGACACUGGAUCAGGCCAGCCACCGCGCACAAGCCCAGCCGGGGACUGCGCCCGGGUGCACCGCAUGGGCCAGCCCGGGACGCGCACCAGGGACAAACACCCCGCCGUCCUCCAAACCCGGACCUGCCUAGGCCAGAGCGCCUACCGGAUGAAUGGCUUCGGGCCACAGCGACAGUGACUGCGUCGCCUCCUCCGGGACGCCUGCCCGGCUCUCCGCCCUCCUCCCCGCUUUUCUGCUCCCACCUCCACCUCCGCCUCUGGCCUCUGCUCACACUCGCAGGCGCAAGCUCAGCUCCACCCGCGCCCUUGUACCAAAGGAGGGGAGAGGGCAUGGCUCUGUCCAAGAUGCCCGCGCAGGCCCUCUCCAGACUCACUCAUCCCCACCGCGUGACAAGCCUUUACCAGCUGUGCGGCCUUGAACCAGACUCUGGCUCCGUCUCCUCAUCUGUGCAACAGGAAUGAUGAAGAGGGUCGUUCUGAGGACU